AAGCAGCUCUCUGCAGCCUCAACACCCACCUCCCUGCAGGCCGCCCCUCUGCUGGCUCCCAGAACAAGGCUCUGAUUGGGAUGGCAGAGGAAAGAGAAACGGGACCAGCAGCGCUACUCAGGCCUCAGACAGGUCAUACUCCACACUCACCAGCGUUUCCACGCCACCAUCUCACGCGGAGCUCCUGGAAGGGUCCAGCGCUCCGUCUGCAAGGGACCAUCUGUCUACACCGCUCGAUUGGCCUUUUACAGCACUGACUGUUCUUUGAAGUUUUUACAGCUCCUUCUAACCCAUUUCACUGUGUUGGAAAUGUUGGGGGUGGGGCGUAAACGGGGCCAUCCCGUCCACAGAAAGAGUUGCUUGCAGAAAUGAUUUUAAAAUUCCCGGGUGCCAGGACGUGAGAAGAAUGCGGCCGGGAGGCAAGGGAGAAUUUUCAAAGGUGCCGCUCAGUGGGAAAAUCCCUUUGUCGGAGAGAGGGCCCGAGGGGCGCGGGAUGCAGGCGCGCCCACCCCGCCCCGCGUCACCGCGUCUCCGGAAGCUCCACGCCCCUGAGUACUCGGUUUCCCCGGAUGGUUCCGGAAGAGCGCAUCGCGGCGCGUCUGGCUGAGAACGCAGGGCAGGCCCGGAGGCCGCUUCGGCAGCCGGGGCGGCGCGUAGGCGCAGAGCCAGAGGGAAGCACUUUGUUUCGCGCGUGGCGCGGGAGAGGCGCGAAUCCGAGUGCCGCGCGCGCCCCGGGGACUUACACCGACUGAGCGCGCGAGUUGGGAACGCAGGAACCGGAGCGCCCGCGUCCCCGCCCCGCCCCGCCGGCGGCGGAGGCAGUGAGCGCGAGAGCCCAGCGGGGUCGCUGGGAGCCGGAGGCACCGAGACACAAAGGCAGGCGGGAUGCGGGAGCAGCUGGGGAGCAGGCAAAGGGAAAGCGAAAGCCGCGCGCCCGGCCGGUAACAGGGUGAAGGCGCCGCGCAGCUCUCCCGACGCCGGCAGUACCGGGUCCUGCCUGGCUGAGCCUGGCGCGCCGCAGCCAUGGCCAUCGCCCACCUGGCCACGGAGUACGUGUUCUCGGAUUUCUUGCUGAAGGAGCCCACCGAGCCUAAGUUCAAGGGGCUGCGACUGGAGCUGGCCGUGGACAAGAUGGUUACGUGCAUUGCCGUGGGGCUGCCGCUGCUGCUCAUCUCGCUGGCCUUCGCGCAGGAGAUCUCGAUUGGUACACAGAUAAGCUGUUUCUCUCCAAGUUCUUUCUCCUGGCGUCAGGCUGCCUUUGUGGAUUCAUAUUGCUGGGCUGCUGUUCAGCAGAAGAACUCACUGCAGAGCGAUUCUGGAAACCUCCCACUGUGGCUGCAUAAGUUUUUCCCCUACAUCCUGUUGCUCUUUGCGAUCCUCCUGUACCUGCCCCCGCUGUUCUGGCGUUUCGCAGCUGCUCCUCAUAUUUGCUCAGACUUGAAGUUUAUCAUGGAAGAACUUGACAAAGUUUACAACCGUGCAAUUAAGGCUGCAAAGAGUGCGUGUGACCUUGACAUGAGAGAUGGAGCCUGCUCAGUUCCAGGUGUUGCCGAGAACUUGGGGCAAAGUUUGUGGGAGAUAUCUGAAAGCCACUUCAAGUACCCAAUUGUGGAGCAAUACUUGAAGACAAAGAAAAAUUCUAAUAAUUUAAUCAUUAAGUACAUUAGCUGUCGCCUGUUGACACUCAUCAUUAUACUUUUAGUGUGUAUCUACCUGGGCUAUUACUUCAGUCUCUCCUCACUCUCAGACGAGUUUGUGUGCAGCAUCAAAUCAGGGAUCCUGAGAAACGACAGCACCGUGCCCAAUCAGUUUCAGUGCAAACUCAUCGCCGUGGGCGUCUUCCAGUUGCUCAGUGUCAUAAACCUUGUGGUUUAUGUCCUGUUGGCUCCCGUGGUUGUCUACACGCUGUUUGUUCCAUUCCGACAGAAGACAGAUGUUCUCAAAGUGUACGAAAUCCUCCCUACUUUUGAUGUUCUGCAUUUCAAAUCUGAAGGGUACAACGAUUUGAGCCUCUACAAUCUCUUCUUGGAGGAAAAUAUAAGUGAGGUCAAGUCAUACAAGUGUCUUAAGGUACUGGAGAAUAUUAAGAGCAGUGGUCAGGGGAUCGACCCAAUGCUACUCCUGACAAACCUCGGCAUGAUCAAGAUGGAUAUUGUUGAUGGCAAAACUCCCAUGUCUACAGAGACGAGAGAGGAGCAGGGGAACCAGACGGCAGAGCUCAAAGAUAUGAACAUAGACAGUGAAAUUAAAGCAAAUAAUGGAAAGAAGAAUGCCCGACAGAGACUUCUGGAUUCUUCUUGCUGAUGAUUUUUUUCCUUGAGCUGUAAAUCUGUGACAUCUGUGACAUAGGAUUUAAUUUGGCUAAAGCACCCCUGUUGGUUUCACAACUGCUUUGCAGUAAAUGGUUCUUGGUGGAGAUAUUGAGCAUGUCUUACUGAGUCCCUAACGGAAAUGGUGAUCAACAAAAGGUUAUGGAAGAAUGGUUUAUGAUCUUCCCGUAGGAAGCACCUGAGAGAUAAGUAAACUGCAGCAAGUAACCAUGUGUAAGUCCUCAUCAAAUGAAAAGCAGAAAGACAAGAACGAUUAGUCAAGAGCAGUAGCCCUGUCAGAGCCUCGGAGCAAUACCUUUCUGUACCUGUGGUGAGACAAGACCCAGAGCUACUGGAAAACAAGCACUUUGGGAGAUUUGUUUUGUUUUCAUGGAAUAAUAACAUGUCGGAAUAUAAUUUAACAUGAGUUUCUUAUGUGCCCUUAAAGACUGUUAGACAAGAAAAGCAUUCACUGGCUAGUGAUCCAUAGGUCGACCUGUGUCCUAAGUUAGGUAUAAGGUCCGAUGCCUUGGCCUACACUCGAGCUCUCUUUACACUGUUAGUUGUCAACCUUGUAAAGUUGAUGGAAGUCCUGUCACCACUACUUGUUGCACUGUGCCUUGAAGGGCAGCAGGCCCAACCGCUGCUCUGACUGAAAACUGAGUUAACAAGAUGAAAUCUAAAGGAUAUUCAUAGUGACUUCAAUUCAGGAAGAAUGCUUCCAAAAGAGCCCAGUGGGGAAAUCUGACAUCACAGAAGACAUUAAUUCAGUCACUUUCGGAGAGUUUGUCUACAGGAUGUUUCUCUGUUAUCAAAGGCAUUUGAAACAGGAUUUUACUUAAACAAUAAUGGAACACAGGAGUAUUUAAAGUGAAGAACACUUUGCCUGAAUGUGAUCAGGGCAUGUAAGUGACAUUGGCGUGCUUCAUAUAGUGUGCUUGAAGCCAGAAAAACUUAGCAGUUUAUUUUGUUUAUAUUUAAGCACAGCUUUAAAAAAUUCAUUUUCGUUUAUUCAGUGUCCGAAUUGAGGCCAUUUGGGAAGAAAAUUCUAGCACUGGAAGAGAAUUAUAGAAUAAAGAUUAUGAAUGGUUGGAUAAGACAAAUGUAAGCUUAUUUCAUAAACAUUUAAAGCUGAUUCAGAAAAUGUUCAAAACUGUUGCCAAUUCCAACUAUGUAAAUCCUAUGUUCACAUUUUACACACACACACAAAAAUCUUUAACAUCUGUGGAACUUCCCAGUUUUAGUCUUACAAAGUUAGCACGUUGCAUAAGUUGAGUAAUCCUCAGGAAUCUCCCAAGUUUACUUUUGGCUCUUACAGACAGUUGUUUACAUAAUCUAAUUACUGUUUUCUGAAGAACGGAAGUUAUAUAAGCUGCUGUCUGCCUUUCAGAAUAUUCAGAAAAGCAGAUUUUAUUUGUAGUUCUGUGAUGUUUUCUGAAAUGGAAAGCCGAUGAUAAAUAUCAAAGUAGCAAUCAGUGCUUUAAAUUAUUCUGUUACAUGAUAUUUAUUACUGUUGAAUUAUGCUGUGACUUAGAAAUGGCAGUAACCUAAAUAAUUGAAUUUGCAAAAUUAUUAUAUUGCCAUAUCUGAGAUGUUCCAUCACAAAUUUCUACACUGGUUUCUUUUGAAGAUUUAAAAAGAUUUAUGAGAUAUAUUUUCUAGGACAUGAUUUUUUUUUACAAAAAGCUUCAUCUUCUGUAGACUAUCCGUAAUUUGUAUUUUGAAAUGGUAAAAAUUGAUAUUUUAGGAGACCAGGAAGUCUCCAAGCCAUUCCCACUCUCUGAGCUCUAGUAGGGUCUGUGAUGGCCCAGGCUCUAGUAGGGUCUGUGAUACCAGGUUGGAUGUGCAGAUACGCAUAGGCAGGUCUCAUCCUUGAGGACUUCAGAGUCCAGUAAAAGGCAGCAGAGACAUGGGCUGGUGCCUAAGAGGAGAAAGUGUAGCCACAGUAAAGGCUAUGCCAGAAAACUCCUAGCAAAUGCUCUGUGUUCUUGGGAAAGGCCACAUUAUUUUUGUUUUCUCUCCUAAAGUUUCUGUAACUGCUGGUUUUGAGAAUAUAGUUAUCAUUUUUCCCAGAGGCAGAUGACCACCUUAAGGUUCUUUAGCUGCAAAUCCUCUAGGUUGAAAUUUGUGCAAAAUAGUCACAGUGAUUUUGAAUAGUAAAGGAUCCAGUUGCCUUUUGAACCUUCCCUCGCAGGGAUGAGAGAACAAGCCUGUGGAGGAUGUGGAGCCACUGUUAAACAACUGUCAGGGCCCCAGAAGGCUGGUGUGGAGGCCUGGGGAUACCUUUCAGCUUGGAAAAAAAAGUAUUAUUAGGACAGGUAAACUCAUCCAUCUACUGUGAGCUACUAGCUUGGAGAAUGACGUUUGAGGAGUCAGUUUCCUGAGGAGAAAUGCUUUUAUAAAAGCACUCAUUGCUUUGUAGAAGGAGACAAACAGAUCCUGAAUGACCACUCCAGGGUUGCUGAUUUUGUUUCUGGCUCUUGUCUGCCUAGUAAACCACCAGCAAGCUGCUGAACCAGGCUGGAAACAAGUGUUGCAGCUGGGAGGGACACAGAGUACUCUGAAAGCAGCGUUCCAACACAUCUUCACUUUUACGAAGGGAUAGGCAGAUACUUCCAUCAUAGAGAUUCUUAAACUUCGAGGGGUUACAACCCCCUUGCAAAUAUUUUUAUAGCUAUGGACCCUCUCCUCAGAUCUACAGCCAGCAUUUUCAGUGCACCUUAGGAGGUCAUUGUAGUCUAUGCCUCUGAAAAAGCUGUGCUCCAACGGCUGAGGAGCAAGCCACACAGCAGACAAUGGGGCUCCCUUUGCCUUCAUGAAAGCUACUUCCCCCAACACUGAGACUCAGCUGUACGUCUGCUUAACUCAGUCACAUUUACAUUCUUCUGGGUGAACUGUACCUUUUGAGUACCUGCCUUCAUUUUCUAGAGUCAGACCUAACAAGGUCAGUAGAAGCCUGGGCAGUAGCGGGCCUAGAAAGACCAGGCAGCCGGCAUGAACUGCUGUUCUCUCCCUGACCACAAGGCGUUGUCUUCCUCCAGGGUCAAGUAGUUGUUCCUGUUGCGCCUCACAGGAAUGUGGGGAGGAAGGACAUAACACUAUAAAAUGCUAUGUCCUACCUUACAGUUGUACUGUGAGAAAGCUGGAAACUUCCACCUGUUCAGUGGGUCUGGUUUGCAUGUUUAUGUUUCGUUUGUGGGAAAUGCUUGUCCAAGAGAGAGCUCAGGUCAGGGCAGUUUGUGCCUGUGAGAAUUAGCUCAGCUAUCAGAGGCAGAUUUUUAGACACCUUUUUAAAAUGUGCUCGUGUUUGGUUUGUUUUCCUUAUUGUCAGUCCUGGGUCAAUCAAAGGUUUGUAAGGUUGAGAAUUUUUAUGCACUGCUGUAUCACAAGUGCUUAAAACAGAGACUGGCCUAGAUGAGGCAUUCUGUAAAUGUUUGUUGAAAUGAAUGGACAAACUCUUAGGAUAAAUCCUAAUUUGUUGGCAACUGUGAUUUGAUUUUAGAAGGCAAACGUGAUUUUAUUUUUAGAAAGGAGAAGGGGAGGGGAGGCUCAUUAGCCUCUUGGUAGAGAGAGGAAUAUUCCUGCAAAUGAAUAGGUUUCCACCUUAAGUAGUGAUGGUCCUUAACUUCUUAUUAUGGAGUGAGUCUUGACCACUUUCCAAAUUCAGUACAAGUUCAAGAUUGCCUUUCAGUGAUUAGGGAAAUUGAAGCUUUAAAAGAAUAAACCUCUUAAAAGGGGAUGUUGAUGGAAAUGUACAAUUACCAGUAAUUGAGGUUUUAUCUGAGGGGAUGGAGAUGAUGAAAUGGUUCCUUCUGAGAAGUUGUUGGCAUUUUGGCUUUAUUUUUCACAAAUAAAGUGAAACCAUUUAAAACGAUUGACAACAAUGAUAUUGUAUCAUGUGGAAUACAAUAGAUAUUAAUUUGUGGUUGGUUUUUCUGCCUGCUUCAAAUGAAAUGUAUUAUGUUUCGGGGUUCCUCUUUUAGCUGUAAAAAUACUUCAUCACUAAAGCAUGAAAUUUAAUCAGCAAUUGUUCUUCAAGUUCCUGAAAGCUAUAAAAGUUUCUCAUGACUUGAGUGUUUUUUUUUCCCUGCCCACCAGAGGAGAAAGCCCUUGUAGAAUUCUGCAGUGUUACAAGUGUUCCCUAUAAAAACUGAAACCAUCAGCUACUCUUUAACAAGCUGGCUUUUUAAAAGCACAUAAUUACAAUUUAAUGGUAUUCUGUAAAAUGGUACUCUAGGCAUAAUUUAAAUUCCUUUUAAUGACUGUAUUUCUUCAAAACUUUGAAAGAAAAGUAUGUGUUCUUUUUGCUGCAUUCUUUGUAAGAAGACUGCCAACAGAUGAAGAAGGACUUUCAAAUUAAGGCCAUCUUGGUUUCAUUUCCACAAAGAUGAGAACAAAUCAUGGUGUUAGGGUCCUUAGAAGAACACAAGAAUCUUGAAAGCCCUUGGUGGUUAUCACUGUUAUAUUUCAUAUUUCCACAGAAGUCACUUAGCCAAGCUCUGCAUUUUGAGCCUGCUGACUUUCAUUUAAAGAAGAAUGAAAGGCUGAAAAUCCAGGCUGCUGUGUCUGUAGAUAAAGGUCAAACCAUGUUUGAGUUCUUCACUGUUGUGUCCACCUAAAUAAAACUGAGUAAGUAAUGAAAAA